AUGGACCACAGUGUGUUUGGUUUUAUUGAACGAGAGGACUCUGCUGCGAUAGAGCGGGAGUUCUCACAGGAAAAUAUAAAUUUUGUGAAUGCCGACGGGUACACGCCGCUGUAUUAUGCCUCUAUGAAGAAGAACGUAGGAACACGCACAGUCGAACAGUUGCUUAGCCUUGGAGCAGAAGUGGAUAUGAAGGGUUUCGAUGAUGAGACCCCGCUUUACAUUGCCUGCUUCAACGGCAAAAUAAAAGUGGUACUGUUACUUCUGGAGAAUGGUGCCGAUGUCAACGCCAAAAAUGGCCGUGACGAUGAAACACCUUUGCAUGUGGCGGCUCGCAUAGGCAAUUGCGCCCUAAUUGCUCUUCUUGUGGAACGAGGGGCGAAUCUGGAUGCGCAAAACUUCAGGGGGGAAACUCCUCUUUACUUGGCAGCCAAGGCCGGUUUUCACAAUGCUGUUUACCAACUUAUGAAUGCUGGGGCUGACGUCAACAUAUACGACGUUGACGGCAAGGACCCUCUGUAUGUGGCCUCCGAGAGGCGGCUAAAACAUGUGGUCAUCCUUUUAAAAAACAGCCUUCAAGAUCUUGUUAUUGCAAAGGCAAUGGCGGAUAAGGAACUUCAGUUGCGCCCGCCCUCAAUCAAGUCUACCGAGUUGAUUCUUGAGGAGGCAGAAAAGGAUGCUGCGGCUGGUCGACCUAUUCAUCAUGCUUUUUUUCUGUCAAAGUCAGUUAAGGAGGCAAAGCCGCUUGAAAUUGUUCAAAUCACUGUGCCCCGCCCAAAGGCGGGUCCACGCAACCCUUUUGCGGCACCACCGAGUGGCCCAUGUCGCUCACUUGAGGAGGUGGGAUAUGAUGAGCCUCCCGCGCUACCACCCUCUUUCAUGGAUCAAACUCCAGCGAUACCGGAACGUAUCGGGGGAACUUCGAUGCGCAUCGGUACGGGUGUUAAAACUAUGGGUGCAGAGCCUCCAAGGAUAAGCUGCGUUCCUGGGGACUGCAUGGAGUUCUCUAUGCCUCAACAAAUGUAA